AUGGACCACAUUCAAGCUUGUAAGGAUGGCUGGGUACAACAUCAAGACAAAUGUUACAUGUUCAGUAUGUUAGCUGAGCCAUGGCCAGCAGCCUCGAGUAUAUGCCAGGCCUACCACACUCACCUAGCGGAACCAAAGACUCAGGCUGAGAUGAACUUUAUCUCUGGGUUCGCUGAACAUUUAGGGAAGGAUUACUGGCUGGGUAUUUCGGAUAUUAUAAAUGAAAAUCACUGGGUGUAUUCCUCUAAUAUGGACGAUGUUUCUUUAAAUAACUGGGGGAAAAGCGAGCCAAAUGGUCACACUGGCGAGAACUGUGUCUUGGCAGUAGCAGACACACAUUAUAAAUGGGCAGACUACUCCUGCAAUACAGUAAAACCAUUUGUGUGUGAGAUGCUAUUAGGGUCUGAACCUGGAGAAUCUGUUAUAGGAUAA